AUGAAGGCACUGAUGGGGACAGAACGAACAAGGACUUCUUCUAAAAAAGACAAUGUGGACAAGCUCUCAGUUCCACCUGGUUUUGUGUCUCUUACGUCAAUCAUACUGAGGAGAGUAGAGAACGGUGACGGAACUUGUAGUUCUAUGGCAUUUGGAACUGAGUUGGAGCCAGCAUCAGCCCAGAUUGAUACUGCUUCCAAUGUAAUCGACAUUGCAAAGCUUAAGAGGUCUCUCAAGCGUAGACCAUGGAUACUUCAUAAUCAACUUGAUUACAAUCCCGAGGAAUCAGGCUCUGAAGAGAUUGAUAUGGUGUUCUAUCUUUUGUGUUAUUGUUUUAUUUGA